GACAGGAAGAGAUGAGACCACUGAAAGAUGACGUAUAUGAUUUGCAAAUAAUUUCUCCCACUUUGUGACUUUUGAGUUUUCUUUUAUUUCUUUUUUUAUUGAGGUAUAAUUGACAUCUUUGAAUUUUCUUUUUUUCCCAGUUUAUUGAGAUAUAAUUGACAUACAUCACUGGAUAUGUUUAAGGUGUCCAGCAUAACAGUUUGACUUACAUCUUUGAAUUUUCUUGAUGGUGUCUUUGUAGCACAAGAGUUUUUAAUUUUAAUGAAGUCCAAUUUAUCCAUUUUGAGUUGACUUUAUAGAUGGCAAGCGUCGCAGCUUGUUUCUUCUUUGCUUACGGAUCUCCAAUUCUCCUACCUCCAUGUGUUGAAAGGACUGGGCAGGUAUAUUUGAGCAGGGCAGGCUGCACAGGCACAGGGCUGCGCUGCCAGCUAGUCGGACUGCAUGUGGUUGAGCAGACUGUGGUGAGCGUGUUGGUGCUCCAUGGUGAGCAGAGAUAGGAUGGGCCGAUUACCGAGGGCCUCGGUCUCAGGUCAGUUCUUUUUGAAGACACUUCUGGGGCUGGACCUUUCGUGGCGGCUCCCGGCGGUACUACAACUCCCAGCGUGCAUCGCGCGGGCCAGCCCUCCGCGGCGGGGUAAAUCCCCGGCCGGCCUGGAUGUGUGGCGGCGAGGGAAGGGCUGAUCCGCGGGUUCCGGGUUUUUGAGGUCGACUUAAGGCUUUGGCCUGCGCGAGGGCUGAGGAGCGGAACGGCGAGCCGUAAGACCUACCCACUCAGACACGCCCCCGGUCUCUGGCCCGCCUCUGCCUUCCUCUCUGGUCUGGCCCCGACUCGUUUCUUCUUCCAGUUUCCCGCGGGGAGUAACCCUUGAAGACGACCAACCGCAGCCGAGCAUUUUGCCGGCCGGGCCAAUCAGAGGCGCGGGUGAAAGAGGCGGAAGUAGAAUCCCGGCCAGGCGGCCGGUGGGGUGUCCGUUUCUCUCGGAAAGGGUAGGCCGCCCCGGCUGGAACCCCGAGGGGAGCAAAGGAGCCUUGGCGGGGUGCGGAAGUGUACGGGCCUCUCCGCUCUCAGUGGGGCGUCGGAGGGGCCAGGCUUACCCUUCAGCGGCCCCCUUCAGGUGUCUGGGCCCAGCCUCGGCCGCCAUGGCUCACAGGACCCCUCCGGGCUCUUCAGCCUCUCACGCCAGCUGCCUGGACCUGUGGAGGGAAAAGAAUGACCAACUAGUUCAACAGGCCAAGGUUGCUCAGGACUCAGGUCUGUCUCCGAGGCGCCAGCAGUUGGCUCAAGAUGCACUGGAAGGGCUCCGGGGACUCCUCCAUAGUCUGCAGGGGCUCCCUGCGGCUGUUUCUGUUCUCCCCUUGGAACUGACUGUCAUCUGCAAUUUCAUUACCCUGAGGGCAAGCCUGGCCCAGGGUUUCACUGAGGACCUGGCACAGGAUAUCCAGCAGGGCCUAGAGAGAGUGCUGGAGACCCAGGAGCAGCUGAAGGCCAGGCUGGAACAUGGGCUUAGGGGGCUGUGGGACUCCGUCCUCCAUGUUUCCUCCCUUCUGCCGGAGCUGCUCCCUGCCCUUCACCACCUUGCUGGCCUGCAGGCUGCCCUUUGGCUGAGCACUGACCGUCUUGGGGACCUGACCUUGCUGCUGCAGACCCUGAAUGUUAGCCAGAGCGGGGCCUCUGAGGAUCUCCUGCUGCUCCUGAAAACUUGGAGGCCCCCAGCUGAGGAGUCAGAUGCUCCGUUGACCCUGCAGGAUGCCCAGGACUUGAGGGGUGUCCUUCUGACAGCAUUUGCUUAUCGCCAAGGCCUCCAGGAGCUGAUCACAGGGAACCUACCCAGGGCACUGAGCAGCCUGCAUGAAGCGGCCUCAGGUCUGUGCCCACGGCCUGUGUUGGUCCAGGUGUACACAGCCCUGGGGACCUGUCUUCGUAAGAUGGGCAGUCCACAGAGAGCUCUGCUGUACUUGGUUGCAGCCCUGAAAGGGGAAUCAACCUGGGGUCCCCCGCUUUUGGAGGCCUCCAGGCUGUAUCGGCAACUGGAGAACACGGCAGCAGAGAUCGAGUGUCUGGAGCUGCUGGUUGAGGCCUUGAGUGUCGCUCAUAUCCCUGAAGCCCCACAGCUUCUCAUUGAAGUAGAGUUACUACUCCCACGACCUGACCCAGCCUCACCCCUUCACUGUGGCACACAGAGCCAGGCCAAGUACCUGCUAGCAAGCCGAUGCCUACAGACGGGAAGGGCAGAGAAUGCUGCAGAACAUUACCUGGACCUGCUGGCCCUGUUGCUGGAUGGCUCGGAGCCAAAGUUCUCCCCACCCCCAUGCCCCCCAGGGCCCUGUGUGCCUGAGGUGUUCUUGGAGGCAGCAGCAGCGCUGAUUCAGGCAGGCCGAGCCCAGGAUGCUUUGACCGUGUGUGAGGAGCUGCUUAGCCGCAUGUCAUCCCUGCUUCCCAAGAGGCCCCGGCUGUGGGAAGAUGCCAGAAGAGGAACCAAAGAGUUACCACACUGCUCACCCUGGGUCUCUGCCACCUAUCUGCUUCAGGGCCAAGCUUGGGUGCAACUGGGGGCCCAAAAGGAGGCAAUCAGUGAAUUUAGCCGGUGCCUUGAGCUGCUCUUCCAGGCCACACCCAAGGAUAAAGAACAAGGGCCUGCUUCCAGCUGUGAGCAGGGGUGUACAUCAGAUGUGGCACUACAACAGCUUCGGGCAGCCGCCCUGAUUAGUCGUGGACUGGAAUGGGUGGCCAGUGGCCAGGAUACCAAAGCCCUACAGGACUUCCUUCUCAGUGUGCAGGUGUGCCCAGGUAAUCAAGACGCUUCCUUCCACCUGCUUCAGACUCUGAGGAGGCUGGAUCGGAGGGAUGAGGCCACUGCUCUCUGGCGGAGGCUGGAGGCCCAAACUGAGUUGCCACAGGAGAAUGCUGCGUGGUCUCUCCCCCUGUACCUAGAAACCUGUUUGGGCUGGAUCCAUCCCCCUGACCGUGAAACCCUUCUUGAGGAAUUUCGGACGUCUCUGCUGGAGACUCGUGACCUGUAGCUGCCACGUUUCAAAGAAACUGAGCUGGGGCCUCAGUGGGCCAUCUGUGGGGAGGGCUUUCUGCUACACCGUCCUUGGGGAACAUGGCUGGAGCUGACCAUUCCAAUAUAAGUCUGGCAUUGGAGAGGCUGGUGGUAGUUCUCCAAAAUUUGGUCUGGUUACUGCUGUUCUGGUUCCAGAAGAAGCCCCCCUUCCACCAACAAGGCAUUGACUUUGCUCAUAGCACGUUUUUUCCUGUUUCCCUUUUCAUGUGUUGAGUAAAAUUUCAUGUCUAUCU